AUGUCGCUCGAACAACUUUCAUCGAACAAGCACUAUGAGGGGACGCUCGCAAAGUACAAGUUUAAAUCUGCAGCUCUAGGCGAUACCUAUACCCAGUUCAACCUCUUCAUCCCUGCCAACGCUGCUCAGGGGAAGGUUCCGGUGCUUGUCUACCUUGCGGGACUGACCUGCACGGAGGAUAAUGGAGCCCAGAAAGGCGGUUUCAUGCGCGAUGCGGCAGCUCAGGGCAUCGCACUGCUCUUCCCGGACACUUCCCCGCGCGGCACGGGCACCGAAGGUGAAGAUGUAGAUUGGGACUUUGGCAGUGGUGCUGGGUUUUAUCUGAAUGCAACGAAUCCCAAGUGGUCGAAGCAUUACAAUAUGCUCACACAUAUUACUCAAGAGCUACCCCAGGUGCUCGAAAAAGCAGGCAUGCCUCUCGACUUCACACGCCAGUCAAUCUUUGGACACUCGAUGGGUGGACACGGGGCGCUGACGCUGUACCUUGCGUCACUCCUAUCUGGGACGAAGCAAUAUCGUAGUGCAUCUGGGUUUUCGCCGAUCUGCGAGCCGUCAGAGGUGCCGUGGGGGACGAAAGCAUUCUCGGGAUAUCUUGCUGGGGGUAUCGCGGAGGGGAAGGACCGGUACGAUGCAACAGUGAUGAUUGGGAAGGUGAAAGGUGCGGUGAAUAUUCUUGUGGACUAUGGAACGGCGGAUAAUUUCCUGUACCAACUGCACCCGGAGAAGUUCCUCGAGGCUGCGCGGGUGGCUGGGCAUGAUGAGGUACAGGUACGAGUAAGGAAGCAUGAAGGGUACGAUCACAGCUACUACUUUAUAUCGACGUUUGGAUCUGACCAUAUUCACUUCCACGCGAACUUUCUCAAAGCAUAA